CGCACGGAGCUCGAGAGCGAGAACGGGAGAGAAAGGGGUAGAAAUGGCGGCUCCGCUCGGCUCCCGCUGAGUAGGUCGAAGCCGGCGGAGGGUCUGAGCUCUCGGCCUGGAGCAUCGCUCCCGUCUCACGCUACCUGCCUUCGCACGCCGACUUCCCUUCCUCUGCCCUACCCUCGCCUGUCCUCGUCUGCGCUGCGCAGAGUCCGGGUCGUCUUGUCUUUCCCGGCCCGGCUCCACUAGCCCUGACUGCCCGGCCGGCGGGCCGGCCUUCCUCGGCUCUCCCCGGCGCGGCAGGCGCCGCGGGCGCGGCGUGAACCCCGUCCUCCUGGCUGGACCAUGGUGAACACCCGGAAGAGCUCUCUGCGCCUUCUCGGAUCUAAGUCGCCUGGGCCCGGGCCUGGGCCUGGGGCCGGAGUAGAGCCUGGGGCGACCGGAGGCAGCAGCCAUUUCAUCUCCUCUCGGACCCGCUCCUCCAAGACCCGCGCUGCCAGCUGCCCCGCCGCCAAGGCCGGGGGAAGCGGCGGCGCCGGCGUCGCUCUGGAUGAGGCCCGGAAAGCUGAAGUUGAUGGUAGUUUAAGUGAUAGCCAUGUGUCUCCUCCAGCUAAACGCACUUUGAAACAACCUGAUUCUGUUUGCAAAGACAAAUCAAAAUCACGAAGUACUGGUCAGCGAGAGGAAUGGAACAUAUCAACUGGACAGGCCAGGUUAACUUCUCAGCCUGGUGCUACAUUACCAAACGGACAUAGUAGCUUAUCCCUUCGAAGCCAUCCCCUUCGAGGCGAAAAGAAGGGAGAUGGGGACCUUUCUUGUAUUAAUGGUGACAUGGAAGUCAGAAAAAGUUGUCGUUCCAGGAAAAACAGAUUUGAAAGCGUGAACCAGAGUUUGUUAUUUGAUCAACUAGUAAAUAGUACUGCUGAAGCUGUACUACAGGAAAUGGACAACAUAAACAUUAGAAGGAAUCGUCGAUCAGGAGAAGUAGAACGGCUUCGAAUGUGGACAGAUACAGAAUUUGAAAACAUGGAUAUGUAUUCAAGAGUGAAAAGGCGAAGAAAGUCACUGAGAAGAAAUAGUUAUGGGAUACAAAAUCAUCAUGAAGUCUCUACUGAGGGUGAAGAAGAAGAAUCUCAAGAGGAAGAUGGAGAUAUUGAGGUUGAAGAGGCAGAAGGAGAAGAAAACGACAGGCCAUAUAAUUUGAGACAAAGAAAAACAGUGGAUCGAUACCAAGCGCCUCCAAUAGUACCAGCUCAUCAAAAAAAGAGGGAAAAUACGCUGUUUGAUAUUCACAGAUCUCCAGCAAGAAGAAGUCAUAUCAGGAGAAAGAAGCAUGCCAUUCAUAGUAGUGACACAACUUCUUCUGAUGAAGAACGCUUUGAAAGAAGGAAAUCAAAGAGCAUGGCAAGAGCAAGAAAUAGGUGUUUGCCUAUGAACUUAAGAGCAGAAGAUUUAGCUAGUGGUAUUCUCCGAGAACGUGUCAAAGUGGGUGCAAGCUUGGCUGAUGUUGAUCCAAUGAACAUUGAUAAAUCAGUGCGGUUUGAUAGCAUAGGUGGAUUGAGCCAUCAUAUUCAUGCACUAAAGGAAAUGGUAGUAUUUCCACUUUUAUAUCCAGAAAUUUUUGAAAAAUUUAAAAUUCAGCCUCCAAGGGGCUGUUUGUUUUAUGGCCCUCCUGGCACAGGUAAAACCUUGGUUGCCAGAGCGUUAGCUAAUGAGUGCAGUCAAGGAGACAAAAAGGUGGCUUUUUUUAUGCGAAAAGGAGCAGACUGUCUAAGUAAGUGGGUUGGCGAAUCUGAGCGGCAACUUAGGCUUCUUUUUGAUCAGGCAUAUUUGAUGAGACCUUCUAUAAUAUUUUUUGACGAAAUAGAUGGAUUAGCUCCAGUUCGCUCUAGCAGGCAAGAUCAGAUCCACAGCUCUAUAGUGUCAACCCUCCUUGCUCUUAUGGAUGGAUUAGACAAUAGGGGCGAAAUUGUUGUUAUUGGUGCUACAAAUAGACUUGAUUCUAUAGAUCCUGCUCUCAGGAGACCUGGUCGUUUUGACAGAGAAUUUCUUUUCAACCUUCCUGAUCAAAAGGCAAGAAAACACAUUUUACAGAUCCAUACCAGGGACUGGAAUCCAAAAUUGUCAGAUGCUUUUUUAGGUGAAUUGGCUGAAAAAUGUGUUGGCUAUUGCGGAGCUGAUAUCAAGGCCCUGUGCACUGAAGCUGCCCUGAUUGCCCUGCGGAGGCGUUACCCCCAGAUAUAUGCUAGCAGUCAUAAACUGCAGCUAGAUGUUUCCUCAAUAGUGCUCAACGCCCAAGAUUUUUACCACGCAAUGCAGAAUAUUGUGCCUGCUUCCCAGCGUGCUGUCAUGUCUUCGGGACAUGCACUAUCCCCCAUCAUAAGACCACUGCUGGAAAGAAGCUUCAACAACAUCCUAGCAGUCUUGCAAAAAGUGUUUCCUCAUGCUGAAAUUAGCCAGAGUGACAAGAAAGAAGAUAUAGAAACUCUGAUUUUAGGUGAUAGUGAAGAUGAGAAUGCUUUAUCAAUUUUCGAGACCAGUUGUCACUCAGGAUCACCAAAGAAACAGUCAUCAGCUGCUGCUGUACAUAAACCUUACCUUCAUUUUACAAUGUCACCAUAUCAUCAGCCAACCUCUUACAGGCCAAGACUAUUGCUGUCUGGAGAACGAGGCUCAGGUCAAACUUCUCACCUUGCUCCAGCACUUUUGCACACUCUAGAAAAGUUCUCUGUGCACAGACUAGAUCUCCCAGCACUUUAUUCAGUUAGUGCCAAAACACCUGAAGAAUCAUGUGCACAGAUUUUUCGUGAAGCUCGAAGAACAGUACCUAGUAUUGUUUACAUGCCUCACAUUGGUGAUUGGUGGGAAGCUGUCAGUGAAACUGUGAGAGCAACUUUUCUGACUUUGCUACAAGAUAUACCGUCAUUUUCACCCAUAUUUUUAUUGUCUACCUCUGAAACCAUGUACAGUGAACUGCCUGAAGAGGUUAAAUGUAUCUUUAGAAUACAAUACGAAGAGGUCUUGUAUAUUCAAAGGCCUAUUGAAGAGGACAGAAGAAAGUUUUUCCAAGAACUGAUUCUCAAUCAGGCCUCAAUGGCUCCACCACGAAGGAAACACACUGGUCUUUGUGCUAUGGAAGUUCUUCCACUUGCACUACCUUCUCCACCUCGUCAAUUAUCAGAAUCAGAAAAAAUUCGGAUGGAGGACCAGGAGGAAAAUACUUUAAGAGAGUUGCGGUUGUUUCUCAGGGAUGUAACCAAGAGGCUGGCCACAGAUAAACGCUUUAACAUCUUCAGCAAACCGGUUUCAGAUUAUCUUGAAGUAAUCAAGGAACCAAUGGAUUUAUCAACAGUAAUCACUAAGAUUGAUAAGCAUAAUUACCUGACUGCUAAGGAUUUCCUGAAAGAUAUUGACCUCAUCUGUAGCAAUGCUUUAGAGUACAAUCCAGAUAAGGACCCAGGAGAUAAAAUAAUUAGGCACAGGGCUUGUACCCUGAAGGACACUGCGCAUGCCAUCAUUGCAGCUGAAUUGGAUCCAGAAUUUAAUAAACUCUGUGAAGAAAUUAAGGAAGCAAGAAUAAAAAGAGGCUUAUCGGUAACAGCAGAACAAAUAAAUCCUCAUGGUACUGGAGCUCGAAAGGCGGAAACUAGAGUUGAAGAGGCAUUUCGGCACAAACAAAGAAAUCCAAUGGAUAUCUGGCACAGCUCUGCAAAUAAAUGUGCAUUUCGAGUUCGGAGAAAAUCAAGGCGGCGAUCACAGUGGGGUAAAGGAAUUAUUAAGAAAAGGAAAGUCAAUAAUUUAAAAAAAGAUGAAGAGGACACCAAAUUUGCUGACUAUGAGAAUCAUAUGGAGGACAGGAAAUUGCUAGAAAAUGGAGAGUUUGAGGUAAGCACUGACUGCCAUGAAGAAAAUGGAGAAGAGACUGGAGACUUAUCUAUGACCAAUGAUGAAUCAUCGUGUGACAUCAUGGACAUGGACCAGGGGCAGAGGCUUAACAACGGAGCGGGCACAAAAGAGAACUUUGCAUCUACUGAAGAGGAAAGUUCAAAUGAGUCUCUACUCGUCAACAGCAGCAGUUCUCUAAAUCCAGAACAGACAUCUAGGAAAGAGUCUUUCCUUAAAGGAAGCUGUCUAAACGGUGAGGUCUCCACUGACAGUUUUGAAGGAAUACCACUUCUGGAGUGUCAGAAUGGCAAAGCUGAAGUAGUUUCUUUCUGUGGUAGUGGAGACAAAUGUAGUUCUGAACAAAAGAAUCUUCUGGAGGACCAGUCAAAAGAAAAACCAGAAACUUCAAAUGAAAAUCAUGGAGAUGAUCCUGAGAAACUAGAGGCAGUGGAAUGUAGCAAUAAUGAGAAGUUCGAACCUGGCCCUGAUGUGGAGGUUAAAGAUGCAGAACUGGAUAAAGAAGGUGCUUCUAAAGUAAAGAAAUAUCGUAAGUUAAUUUUAGAGCAGGCAAAAACAACAAGCCUGGAACUGGUUCCAGAAGAGCCAUCUGAGCCUGUGCCACCUCUUAUAGUUGAUCAUGAGAGAUUGAAGAAAUUGCUUGAUUUGUUGGUAGAUAAAAGCAACAAUCUGGCAGUUGAUCAACUUGAGAGAUUAUAUUCUCUUCUUAGUCAGUGCAUCUACCGUCACCGUAAAGAUUAUGACAAAUCACAACUUACAGAGGAGAUGGAAAGAACAGUUCAUAUGUUUGAGACAUUCCUAUGAACCUUUCAAGAAGAGUGGUUUAUCCUCUCCAAUCUGCUCCUGCCAGAGCAGUCUUCUGAGCCAUUCAAUUUCAAAUCGCACCAAUUAUGUGCAGAGCCUUUGUGUAAAGUGCUCUCUCACUCAUUCUUUCUCUCUGUUGAAUUUGGUGCUAUUGUCUCAGGUACCUGAAACCAACCAGCCUACAAGAACCAAACAGAACUUCAGAAACAUGUUGUAUUUUCCACAAAUAAAAAAUACAACCCCACAGAUUGGAGAUUUUGGUGCUACAGAAACUGCUCUCACUUCUGCUCCUCUUUUUGUGCACUCUCUUUUGGAGACCUCUCUUAGGGAGCAGACCAGCAAACACGAGGAAACUGGAUGGGGCAGUUCUAAGUGUGUUGAAUUGUUUAAACAGUGGGCAACCUGUACCCCCCCCCGCCCCCCUUUUAUCAUAUUUGUUUUUAUUUUUUCUUCUGGGUAACGGACUGAAGCCUGUUUUAAAGUUGGCUAUGGUAUAUUCUGGUGGGAAACUGA